ACCUAAAAAUAUCAACAAAGAAGGUGAAGGUCAUCGAUUAAAAAUGGCAGCUGUGGAAGACGAUAUUCCACAGAGAGAGGUUUCCCUGCCUCGAGAGGAGUCCCCUAUCUCCCCCACUGUCCUUCCGUGGGACAGAUUCUCUAACUGGAUACACUGUGCGUGUGUUGUCACGUUCGAUUUGGAGCUGGGACAGGCUAUGGAGCUGAUUUACCCGGGUCAUGUGAAGCUGACAGAUGUAGAGAAAACAAACAUCUGUUACCUGUCCUUUCCUGAUUCUAAUUCAGGGUGUAUGGGGGACACACAGUUCCACUUCCGGAUCAGACAAAGUCCAGGAAGGAGACAUUUACCCAAGUCAAAGUUCCACAAGGACUACCCUCACCAGCUACAGACGGACAAUGGCUACCUGUAUGGUUUCGUGUACUUUCGCCAAACCAAGGACAAAAGUAUAAAAAGAGGUUAUUUCCAGAAGUCCGUGGUCCUGGUGUCCAGACUUCCAUUCGUGGCCUUGUUUAAUCAGUUAGUUAGUAUUAUUGCUCCAGAGUACUUUGAUAACGGAGAGCCCAGUCUAGAAGCAGCUUGUCAUGACGUAGAUCAGUGGCCCUGUCCACUAGGGGGAGACACAGUCAGUCUGCCAAUUUUUGGGAAUGUUUUACAGGUCCGGAUCCCCUCGCGGACAGAUAAACUUGUGGACAGAGUUCCAGUAAAAACUACCCCAUCUCCUGUCUUACCUGCUCCCACCGUCUUGCCCUCUCUGUAUGAAAUUGAUAUUUUCAGUUCCUUCCAGACCAUACUUCCACAUAUACAGAUGUUAUGGGAGCUAGUUCUCUCAGGAGAACCUUUGGUUGUUAUGGCAGCUUCACCUUCUGUGACCUCAGCAGCUGUCCAAGCCUUGGUCAGUUUAAUUGGUCCACAGAAGUACUGCUGUGAUUUCAGACCCUACUUCACGAUUCAUGACAGCGAAUUUAAAGAGUACACGACAAAAACACAGGCACCGCCUUCCGUUAUAUUAGGUGUCACCAAUCCAUUCUUUGCCAAAACACUGCAGCACUGGCCUCACAUUAUAAGGAUAGGAGAAAUGAUGACACAAGUGCCUAAAGGAUUUAAUAAAUUAAAGAAAGUCAGCAGCAUGAAGACACUGGAUGCCAAGCCAGGUGUUUACACUCGAUACAAACCAUUCUUGGCCAAAGACAAAGGCAUCCUUAAACGAAUUAUCAAGGGCAUGCAGGCCAAACGUCCGGUGGAGGCCCAGAAUGCAAUUCUUCGACGUUACUUCCUGGAGCUGACUCAGAGCUUCAUGAUACCACUGGAACGAUAUAUGGGAAGUUUGAUGCCUUUACAAAGAAAUAUUUCUCCACACAAGUGCCCUCCAAGUCUGCGCCCGUUUGACACUGACGAGUUUCUAAAGACACUGGAACGCUCUGGGCCCCAGCUGACGUCGGGGAUAAAGGGGGACUGGGAGGGGCUUUAUCGGAGGUUCUUCAGGAGUCCAAACUUUGAGGGAUGGUACCAGCACCGUCAGACAGAGGUUAACCAGAAACUGCAGGUACUCCACAUGGAGGCCCUGUGCAGUGCUAAUCUGUUGGACUGGAUUCAGGACAAAGAGGAAGUUGAAGUGGUGGAUCUCAUUCUCAGAAUCAAAGAUAAACUUGCAUUUGCAGUUAACAACGACAUUGCUAUCAGUGAAGACAGUGUUCACAAACUUAAGAAACACUUGGAUGUGAUUAUUACCUCCCUUCCUGAUGAUCUGCAGUCUGUACUCAAGAGCUGACACCAGGGGGAGUGCUAACAGGAACUAGUUGGUGCACAUGCCCAGUGUAGCUUUAUUCAUCAAUUGAUGAUAAAUGUGCUAUAAAGAAGCCAGAGUGCCAUAAUGAAGAAAUGUGCUAAAAGACGUUUUUUAUGAUAAGAUCUGGCUUCAAAAAAGUCUAGUCUGAGAGAAAAAGUAUUGUGUGAAAGUAGUCAUGUAAAGUCAGAUGGAUGCAAGAUAGAUGCAGUAAUGAUAUGUACAUGUACAUACAUUUGUAAUUGCCUGUAGUCUUAGUAUAGAGGUGCAAUAAGAAUCAGGAACUAUGAAUAAAAGAAAAAUUUGUACAUGUCAGGAGUUAUUUCCCUUUCUUAUGUAAAAGAAACACGUACAAGAUAUGCGUAGUCUUUCAAACUGAGAAUCUGAGAUCAGCUUAGAGUAAUCUCCUUGGAUUUCAUGAUAUACUUGUGUCUUGUUGUAUAAUGUCAGUGAUGUAAUAAAUUUACUUAGUAAUUUCAGCAUAUAUUUCUUUAACAAAAUAUCAAGAACAUUGUCAUACAUGUUUGUUGCAUGCAUGAAAAUUAUGAGAAAAUAUCACAAAAUUGUAUUUUUAAGAAUUUUUCUUCUUUAGGGGCCUUAAUAUCUAUAAAUAUUGUAGAUUAAUCAUAAAUGAAUUAAAUGACAUAAAUUUAAUGAUUGAAUGAAUAUAUUUUGAAGCCAAGCACUCAUACCUAUUGUUCAUGUUUUUAUCAUCAGACAAAUUCAGAGCUUUUGUCGUGUUCUAUAUUGUUAGCGUCGUUAGGUGUUGUGAAAAGUUCUCAUUAUGUUAUGUGCCAAACCUAAGUCAAAAUAAUUUUCAUUCCACAUCUGUAGCAUCAGUAUUCAUUUUGUACAAUAUAAUUAGUAAUUUUUUCUGAUCCAUAAUUUUUCCAAAACAAUAAUAAACUAAAUUUGAGACGAAGGAGGACAUAUCAGUUAAUGUGAUGUUACAGAAUUAGCCAUGUUUGUAUUUUAAAGUUCUGUGUUGUAUUAAAACUGUUUCAAUUUUGUGUCAUAUAUUAAAUCACAGACUGCCACUAAGGUGUGCUAUGUUAGUUAAGACAUUCAAGCUGAGCUUGUUUAUUUAGUUUACUUAGAAUGACAUUAAUUUACAUGUGUAGUUUACCAAGAAAAAAAAAGUUGUUUUUUCAGGUCAACUCUGAAACAUAACUUUAUUAAGAUUUUCCUUACCAAUAAUUUACAUGGCAUUUUAUAUCAUUUUUGAUACAAUAUGUAAGAAACCUGCCUCAUUGAAAACAAACUAUUAAUGAAUACAGUCCUAUUUGAAAAUAAAAACUACUCUCUGUAUCCCAAUUUAUUUUAAAUUUUCUAUAUGUUGCAUACACAUGUGCUGUACCCAUAUUUUAAUUGCAAUAAUCAUUUUUUAACUGCUUACAAUCAUGUUUUUAGUAUGUAUAAACAAUUUCACAAUUAUUUUGUAAAAUGUUGUUUACAAUCAAGAGUCAAGGAUUAGCCAGUGCUAGUUUCAGAAUAAGGUGUUGGUAUUUUACAUUCCUUAUAAAAAGGGCAUUAUAUUGUUUUUCUUUUUUAUCAAAAAUAUGUUCUUAAAGAUACUCAUCUAGAAUUUUGUAUCAAGUCAACUGAUUUAUGUUUUUUGUUGAGGCUUCUCAUGCUCAUGUUGACUUACUCCUUACUAGUUUAAAAACAAAAUGUCUCCCAGCUUCUCGUUAAAUCUGUUGUUUAAGGUGUUGUUAUGGAAUUAUGGAAAAAUGAAAAAAAGACACAUUAUUGUUGCUAUUUUUACUACAUAUAGAUUAUACAGUGGUGAUUUUUAUUACAUUUAUGUAUGGAAAUCUUUGUAAUGAAAUUUUACAGAAAUCAUUUCUAUUUCAAUAUUUUUACUUUUUCUGAUACAUGUACCACUAUUCCUAUAACAUUAUGUAUCAUAUCUGGUAUCAGACAGCAGGAAGAAAAAAGUAAAUUUAUUUCAAUAUAGUUUGUAAAAGUCUGUACAUGAACUAAAAAACAAAACAAAUAAAAAUUGAGAGUCCUCUGUAAGACAUUCUAUUCCCACCAAUGUACUUGAUAUAUGGAUGUUAAAAAAACUUUUGAAAUAAAUACAUUGUAC